AUGACGUGCAGAGGCAGAAAGGCUGCGCCCGGCAAGGCCUGGAAGCUAUGUUGCUUCGCUCUGACGAGCGCAAUCCUUUCGAGCCUGACAAUGGUCAAACAGAGUAUAUCUUUUCAGCAUGUGCAACAAAUGGAUGUUUCCAGACGCAAGCAUCUCCUCCUACCUUUGCUGGGUGCAGUUGGUGCUGGUGUGCCAAAGCCAGCCCGGGCAUUGGUUGGAUCAACCCUGUCACCUGAAAUUGAGGAGGUGGUCAGGGUGGAGCCAAAAGGUACCGACUUUCAGACCCUACCAAGUGGCCUUCGCAUCUUAGACUUGGUGGUGGGUAAGGGAGAUGAGUGUUGCAAGGAGGGCGACACGGUCUUGGUGGAUUGGAGUCUCAGAAAAAGCAAUGGCUACUUCGUUGAUGCCUCCUUUGGGUUCGAUCCAGGCCGCGCCAUUGAUGAAAAGUUCGGUGUUGGCUCACCAGAGCUUCGCUUUACUCCUCUUGGAGAUAAGGGGGACAAAGUGAUCGAGGGUGUCAGGAAGGCGCUCAUCGGGAUGCACGUCGGUGGCACUCGAAGGAUAAUUGUGCCACCGAAUCUGGGCUAUGUGUCAGAUGAUCUCGCUCCGAAACCUGUGGAUUGGGGACGACAGACCCAGAUCCAGCGAGCCAAGAACAAGAACUUUGUGGUUGAGCUUCGCUUGAAAGCACUCCGGCAGUAG